AAUUCGAGGACAAAUAACAGAAGUUUCGUGUACUGAGAUUGGUCAAAAUGUCAGAAAUAAUAUACGUUUGGAUUAUUCCAUUAUUUACAUUCUUGACGGUCUGUCGUCCACACAUGAAAUUCUCCCGUGUUGAAUCUUAUUACGACCCAACAGAAACCCCCGAAACAUACCACACCAGUACCUUUAUCAGCGUUCUUCUAUGUGGAGUCAUGUGCGCAAGGGAUACGAGAUGUAAGUCGAUAAGCAUUACACGUAACGGGAACAAUGUAACAUGCUAUCACAACAGUGAAAGGAGACUGUUGAGUACAGGAUGCGACAACCAGUACAGACAUUUCAAUGGCUUCCACUCAAGUUGUCAUUACCACGGAGUCUUUCUGAAUGACAGCUAUGGCUGCAGAUGCUAUGGUGGUUAUAUUGGUGCUUGGUGUGAACGACUAAUGCAAGAUUGCUCUGAGGGUUCAUCAACGGAUCAUUACAGAGACUUUACAGAGUCUGAAGUGUUUCACAUCCAUCCUAACAAUUCUCAACGGGCCUUUGAGGUUGUUUGUACUAUGCCACAAGGUCAAACAUAUCUCUUUAAGCGACGUUUUGUCAGUGACUACGUUAACUUCACCCGUCCAUGGGAAGACUACAAAAAUGGAUUUGGAAACUUCAGGAAAACUGAGUUUGAUGAUUCAUCUACUAAAGCUAGAUGUGUCCAGGACUCGAAGGAUCAGGAACAAAUGGCCAGUGCUUCUAACACUUCAACAGCUUCAUCCACCAUCAAGGAGCAAAGAUUCUGA